ACCGUCUUUCAGAAAUAACCGGAAACAUGUGGUCUUGUUGUGGUGUACGCCGGCGUAUUUGAUACAUCCCUAUAUAAUAUUUUUAGAAGGAAAUGUAUUUACUAGUUCAUGAAAUUUGAUAGUAUUUAUAUUUGUUUCUAAAAUAAAAAUGACAGAACAAAAUAGCUUACCUGAUUCUGAUUUAGAAGUUAUGCUUUUGGCUACUUUAAAAAACCAUGCAGGUGGAGCUACGCAAAACAUCCUAAUGGAAUCAAUUCCUUCUUUAUCAGUAAUGGAAUUAGCCCAACUACUAAAUAAAUUAAUAGGACAAGGUAAAAUAGAUUUACUUAAAAAAGGAAAGCAGCUUGUUUAUGCAUUCAAAAAUGAUGGUUCUAGAAAGUCCCAGGGUGCUAAUAAUGAAGAAAACCUCAUUCUGGAAGCUGUAAAAAAAUCUGGCAAUAAUGGUAUUGCACCUAAAGAAAUUAAAUAUGUGACAAAUUUACCUCAACCACAAAUUACAAAAAUAUUAAAAAGUAUGGAAGCUAAGAGGCUAAUAAAGUCUGUUGUUUCUUCAACCAAAAAAAAAUUGUUUAUGCUUUAUGGAUUAGAGCCUAGUCAUGCUGUAACUGGAGGAACAUUUUAUAGUGGGCAAGAGUUUGAAACAGAAUUUGUUGAUGUGCUAGGUGAACAGUGUUAUCGAUAUUUAUUACAGGCAAAAGGAUUAGCUGAGAAAUUUUCAGAUCCCGUUUCACAAAGACAUGCAUCAUUCAAAUCUUCUAGAGAAAUAUGUGAUUAUAUAAAUAGUCUCAAAAUUAGCAAGGUUGAAUUAAAAUUAUCCGAUAUUGAAAAAAUUCUAGAAGCUUUAAUUUAUGACAAUAAAAUAGAAAGAUCCGACUCUCUGUCAAACAGUUCAUCUAAAGGUUCAGGAUCAGAAAGUUUCUAUAGGACUAUAAAACCUUUAAUAUCAAAUGCUGGACUCAUGAGAAUGCCUUGUGGUGUGUGUCCUGUAUACAACAAGUGUGGCAAUGGUUGUGAUGUCUCGCCUUCAACCUGUGUAUACAUGAAAGAAUGGUUGCAGCUUUAAGCAUAUUGAAAAUGAUGUAAAAAUAAAUCGCUUUUGUGAUAUGCUUGUAAAAUGUUAUGUAAAUAAAAGAGCAUGAUUUCAUUUCA